AUGUCCACUGCAACCCUUGAUGUAACGCAGCACCCCAAUCUUCCCGCCUCAUCGACAACCUUGUUCGCGGCGAAAGCCAAGACCGGCUUGACCUUCGAACAAAUCUCGCAAAGGAUCGGCCGGAAUGAGGUAGCAACGGCCGCGAUUUUCUACGGCCAAGCCAAGGCAUCUCCUGAAGAUAUCAAGAAGCUCUCCGAGAUCCUGGAUAUUCCGUUGGCGGGCCUUGAAGCUCAACUGAGUGGCUUUCCUGAUCGUGGUCGUAGCGUUGAGAUGCCGCCCAAGGAGCCCCUCAUCUACCGGCUGUACGAGAUUGUGCAGAACUAUGGGUAUGCGUACAAGGCAGUUCUGAAUGAGAAGUUUGGAGAUGGUAUCAUGAGUGCUAUUUCGUUCUCAACGAAGGUAGAGAAGGAAACGGACAAGGAUGGGAAUAACUGGGCUGUCAUCACCUUGCGUGGGAAAUGGCUUCCAUACUCUAGGUUCUAA